AUGGUUAAAGUUUAUUGUACUGUAUGUCAUAAACGAUGUAAAGGUGAUGUAUUGAAAAUUGAACAACAAUUUGUUCAUUAUAAAUGUUUUCAAUGUUCAAAAUGUCAUCAUAAUUUAAAACAAGGUGGAUUUUUUGUAAAAGAUAAAAAAUUCUAUUGUCCAAAUGAUUAUCAAUUAGAAUUUGGUGUACGAUGUGAAACAUGUCAUAGUUAUGUAGAAGGUGAAGUGGUCACAGUGUUGGGCAAAACAUUUCAUACACAUUGUUUUCAUUGUACAACAUGCAGACGUUUAUUUAAUUCAGGUGAACGAACAACCAUCAUUGAUGGUUCAUAUUAUUGUAUGUCAUGUUCAUCAACUCUUACCAAUGGUGAUGAUCAUGGUGUAUUAUUACGCAACAACAUUGUGAAUGAUCAUACGCAUAAUGGUGUUGUUGAGAAUACUGAGGCUGGUACUACUACUGCUACUGCUACUACUACUGCUACCACUACGACGACCAGUACUAUACCAAAUGGUACAAAUGGUCUUUGUUCCACUUCAUCAUCUCCAUCAUCAUUGAAUUCACUUUCAUUGAAAUCAAAUCAUUUUCAUCCUUUAUCAUCAUCGUCAUUAUCCACAUCGAAUCAUCAUCAACAACAACAUCAGCAUCAAUCACAACCAUUAUCAUCGACAGUUAGAACUUGUACUUCUACAACUUCAACAACAGUACAUCAACCAAUUAAUAAUAAUCAUCAUGUGAAUAACAUUCAUGCUCAAAAUCAUGAUCAUCAACAACAACAAAAUCUUAUUUCUAACACUCAUCAUCAUCAUCAUGUUAAAUCAUUGAAUGAUCAACUUAGUGUACAAAUUCAUGAGAAUGGUUGUUCAAUUCCUGGCAGUGAAUAUCAUAAACAAAAAUUAGUAGAACAUGGAUUAGAACCAGUAACAAUUGAUACUCUACUAUCUACUACACCUGGACAAACUAUCUCACCGAAUUCAUUUACUCCAUCAACAUAUGAACGACGUAUAUGUCCACCAGGUGUUGAUUAUGGUCGUCAAUAUCCAAUCUCUUAUCUUCAAUUAUCUGAACAAGGUUUUACAGCAAUAAUGAGUAAUGAAGAGUUAAAUCAUGAUGACAUUGAUCAUGGACAUCGAUCUAGAUCAUUAGCCAGAUCGAAUCAUUAUAAUUCAUCGUAUGCCGCUGGAUCUACAACAAAUAAUCAACAUAUAUCAAGACGUGAUAUAGUAGUACGUUCAGCAACAAGUAGUUCUAUACCACCAUUAAGACAUUUAAAUAAUGGUGAAUUACAAAAACACAUCAAUGAAUAUAGUCCAUCGAAAUUGCCAAGUUAUACUAGUGGUGGUGUAGUGUCGAGUACACCGAUUUCACUAACUGGUCGACCUAAACGUGAUUUGUACAUUCGACAACGUCAACUUUCACCAGGUUCCACUUCACUCGGUUCUGGUGUUAUGGGUUUUCGUCGAUCAGAACGUAUAAUGAAUUCAUCUACAUUGCCACCAGGAUCAGAAAAUAUACGUCGAUCAACAGGUCGUUACUCAUAUCGAUCCACACCGAAUGUAACUGGAAAACGUGGAAUGACUCAGUUAGCCGAAUCACUUGUUCGCCCGGCUCGUAUUGAUCGUACAGCGAGUCCACCAUCAUCAGCCAGUAUGUAUUGGUCAGAAGCAAGAAGAUUAGCAUCAUUUCCAAAUGCUCGUUUACCUGAUUCAAAUAGUUUACCAGCUAUCGAUAGAUAUGAUUUUCCUGCACCACCUUCACCAGCUGUUGUAAUGAUUGAUAAACGUCGUGAAAAACGUAUGACAGCUGGUGGCGCACAAUCCAUUGCGGCAGAUAGUCGAAAUGGUACACUUCGAAAUGGAACAAUGACAUCAGUUGAUACAGAUUAUACAGAUCAUGAUCCGAUAUUAAACGCGAAAUUAGAUCGAAUCGAUGCUGAAAUUGAAACAUUGAAACGCUUGGGUGAAAGUUCUGGGAUUACAGCGGCUCUUAUUCAAGAAUUGGAAGCUAGUAAAUCACAUGUUCAUGAAGCUGAUUUAGAUCCAAUCUCUGCAUCACGAUCACCAAAUGCCAAUAUUGAACCUAGUUAUAAAACACGUUAUAGACGACAUGGAUAUACAUGUAAGUUUCUACUUUCUUACAUGAUAGAUGGAUGA